GCUCUAUCUCUCUUUGCUAUAGAGAGCUCUGGGCCCCAGCAUGCUGGUCUCCAAAUAAACCCACCCUUCUGCUGUUGCAUAAGAAAGUCUCUUGUGGUCUCUUCCUCCGAUGUUUCGCCGGACCCUAACAUUUUGUGCCUUGGCCGGGAACUGCGCAUCGCAGGACAGGGAGACCUCAACAAGACUCCUUUAGGGGGGUAAGUAAGGCGCCUUUUCUUCUUCUUCUCCUCCUCCUUUUACUCCUUCUUGUUUUUCCUUUGCGAUCGCUCAGAGUCUGAUUUUUGGCUCAGCAAAGAGCGUGAGCUCUCAGAGCCUUCUGGUUUUUGGCUCAGCGAAGAGCAUGAGCUCUCAGAGCCUUCUGGUGUUUUGGUUUGGGUUGGCAUAGUGUGGUUGCUAGCGGAGAGCGUGAGCUCCCCCUGGCGGUGGUUGACAGAUGUGUCCAGAAGCCACAGACCACGUCUUUCAAGGGAUGCUUUGAAAGACUCUGGGGGGGACGGAAGUUUCCCCAUCUGGGAGGGGCGGAGGUGCCCUCAUCUGGUAUAUUCUGCUGCCGACCCAUCUGGUUUUGCCGGCAACUAUUCUUUCUCUCAGGUUGAAUUCACUGUCUGUUUUUAAUCUUUGCCUCUGAACUUGUGUUACACGUUUACUGUUUACUGUGUGUCCAUGUUUGUGUCACGUUUGUAUUGUCCCUGUCUUUGUUCAAGUAACUUUCAUUAUGGGACAGAGCCAUUCCAUGCCUCUGUCCCUGACCCUUGAUCACUGGACUGAAAUCCGCUUAAGGGCUUAAAACUCUUUCUUUUUCAGUAAAACACCAGACCUAGCAGACUCUCUGUGCCUCAGAAUGGCCCACCUUUGGAGUCGGAUGGCCCCCAGAAGGAUCUUUCUACUUCCCACUAAUUUGAAAAGUCAGAGAUAUUGUCUUUGUCUUUCAGCCAGGACCACAUAGCCAUCCAGAUCAACAGCCGUAUAUCUUAACUUGGCAGGACCUCUGCAAAUCUCCUCCUCCAUGGGUGAAGUCUUUCCUUGUCCCUGCCCCCGCUCUUACUCCUCCUCCCAUGAUUCUAUCUCUCAAACCCUCUGCUUCUUCUCCACCCUUUGUUCUCCCUGAGUCUCAAGAUUUGACUCUGCUGGACUCUCCUCCCUUUCCUUAUCCCCUGCCUUCGUUCCUCAACCCCCAACACCCUCUAAGUGAUUCCCCUGCUGCUGACUCAGCUUCUCCACCACUAGAGGAGGCUAAGCCGGCCCAGCACCCUCCAGAUGAAUUCCCCGAGGCACACACAGCCCCUCCUCCCCUGGAGGAAACUGGCCCAGCUAAAAAACUCAAAGAACUCGCCGGCAUUUUCACACCAGCCUACUUGGGAUGACUGCCAACCACUCCUAGGGACUCUCUUCAUGACAGAGGAACAAAAGAGAAUCCUCCUGGAAGCUAAAAAAAAUAUCCUUGGACCAGAUGGGCAACCGACACAACUUCCCCUUGAACCGACCCAACUGGGACCCCAACACCUUUGAAGGUAGGGAGCAUCUGUCCACUUAUCACCGGGCUCUAAUAGCGGGUCUCUGAGCAGCUGCUAGACAGCCAACUAUUUUGGCCAAGGUAAGAGAGAUUAUUCAAGGGCCUAAUGAAUCUCCCUGUAUGUUUCUGGAGAAAAUUAUGGAGGCAUAUAGGAGAUAUACUCCUUUUGAUCCUCAAAAGACAUCUGUCAUGAUGGCCUUUAUUGGGCAAGCUGCUCUGGAUAUUAAAAAAAAAGUUACAAUGCUUAGAUGGAUUACAAGAUAUGACUUUGAGAGAUUUAGUCAGAAAAGCUGAGAAGGUAUACUAUAAGAGAGAAACUGAGGAAGAGAAGGAACAAAGGAGGGAGAAAGAAAGGGAGGAUAAAAGAAGCAAAAGACAGACUGAGGGAGGCAUUGACUAAGGUCCUGGUCACAACAACAAAUAGGCCAGAAGUUAAGAGACAGAGAAACAGAAAGGGAUACCUGGGCCCAGGCCAGAAGCCACCACUGGCCUCAGAUCAAUGUGCCUACUGUAGAGAAAAAGGACACUAGGCCAAAGAGUGCCCUAAAAAGAAACAGCCACGCCAGCAAGUAACUCUGGAGGAUGACUAGGAAAGUCAGGGCUCGGAUCCCCUCCCUGAGCUCAAGGUAACUUUUGAAGUGGAGGGAACCUCAGAAAACUUUGAAGUGGAUACAGGGGCAAUAUACUCAGCCCUUAAGGCCCCAUUGGGCCCUCUAUCAACUAAAAGGUCUCAAGUUCAAGGGGCUAAUGGCAGUAAAUAUUGGGCUUGGACAACUAAGAGGACCAUGGACCUGGAGAAAGGAAAAGUCCAUAACUCCUUCCUCCUUCCUAGUGAUCCCAGAAUGCCUAGCCCCAUUGAUGGGCAGAGAUCUGCUCACCAAACUCCAGGCCAGAAUAACUUUUAACCCUGAAGGCCCCCAAAUGGAAUUUCUAAAUCCUUCAGUAAAAACUCCUAUAGUCAUUAUUUUAACUAUGUCAGUAAAAGAUGAACAUCAACUCUUCACACCCCCCAAGACUGAUCAAACAGGCAAGCUAUCCCAGAAAUGGAUAACAGAUUACCCAGAUGCCUGGGCAGAAACUGCUAAGUUAGGCCUAACUGUAAAACAACCUCCAAUAACAGUGGAGUUAAAAACCUCUGCCUCCCCAAUUAAUAUUAAACAAUAUCCUCUGAACAAAGAAGCCCUGUCAAUCGGCCUGGAACACUCCCCUGCUACUAUCGCCCCAUUCAAAACCUAAGAGAGACCAACAACAAAAUGCAGGACAUUCACCCCACAGUACCUAAUCCGUACAAUCUGCUUAGCACCCUGAACCCUGAACGAAAAUGGUAUACUGUCCUGGACUUAAAAGAUGCUUUCUUUUGCUUGCCUCUGCAUAAAGAUAGUCAGUUGCUGUUUGCUUUCAAAUGGGUAAACCCAGAAACUGGAACAACUGAUCAACUAACUUGGACCAGACUCCCACAGGGGUUCAAAAACUCCCCCACUCUCUUUGAUGAAGCCCUCCACAGAGAUCUCAACAACUUCAGAACUAUGCACCCCGAAGUCACCCUGCUUCAAUAUGUGGAUGACCUGCUACUGGCAGCCGAUACAAAGUAAAACUGUGAGUCUGGGAUCCAAAUUCUAUUAUCCGAGCUUGCUCAACUUGGGUAUAGAGCUUCUGCCAAAAAGGCCCAAAUUUGCCAGCAAGAAGUAAUCUUCCUGGACUAUUCCCUUAGGGGCAGUAAACGAUGGCUCACAGAGCCCAGAAAACAAACCGUUGUGCAGAUACCACCCCCAUCUAACAAGAGGGCAAAUGAAGAGGCUAAAUUGGCAGCCCUAAAUGGAGAAACCAUGUUAACACUUUCCACACUGGGGGAACAUAAGGACACUGACACUGAACUCCUCGACAUUACUGAGCCCAGCCUGCAAUUUCAGAAAGCCCUACACUACAUUAAAAAUGUACAUCGACUCACUCACCUUGGUUCAAAGAAAUUGCAGGCAUUCCUGAAGGAUCAAGAACAGAGUUUUCCACUAACCGGCUCACAGUGAAAGGAAAUAGCUGAACAGGUAACAAAAGCCUGUCGGGUCUAUCAAUUGGUUAAUGCUUACCCCUCCAGGCUUCCUGUAGGAAGGUGCCUUCGAGGAACCAGACCAGAACAAUUUUGGGAAGUGGACUUUACUGAAAUUAAGCCAGCAAGGUAUGGACUUAAAUAUCUCCUAAUCUUUGUAGAUACAUUUUCAGGAUGGAUUGAAGCCUUCCCCACAAAAAAAGAAAUGGCACAAAUGGUGGUCAAAAAGAUCCUGGAAGAUAUUUUUCCAAGAUACAACCUGCCUAAGGUAAUAGGGUCUGAUAAUGGACUGCCGUUCGUGGCCCAGGUAAGUCAGGGGUUAGCCAGGACCCUGGGGAUUAAUUGGAGGUUACAUUGCACUUAUAGACCCCAGAGCUCAGGACAGGUAAAAAAAAAUGAAUAGAACCAUUAAAGAGACCUUGACAAAAUUAAACUUGGAGACUGGCAUAAAAGAUUGGACUAUGCUCCUGCCUUAUGCACUGUUUCAUACAAGAAAUAUUCCCUCUAUUUCUUUGUGUAACCUUACCCCCUAUGAAAUUCUCUAUGGUGCCCCUCCUCCAGUAAGGGACCUGACCCCAACUCUAAGACCUAACGAUUCCUUUCACACCCCCUUGCUUGACAGACUUAAAGCUCUUAAAAAAAACUCAGCAAUACCUGUGGAAACAGCUGGCCACUGCCUACCAACCUGGGGACGAAGGAACUCCACACUGAUAUCAAGUGGGAAACUUCAUCUAUGUAAGACGACAUCAGGUGUCAUCCCUGGAACCCCGCUGGAAAGGACCAUACCAGGUGCUACUUAUAAUACCUACAGUGGUAAAGAUAGACGGAAUCACUUCCUGGAUCCAUGCCUCUCAUCUCAAGCCUGCGCCUUGUCCAGACUCUGGCUGGAAAUUAAAAAAAAACUGGUGGACUCAGGAGCAAAUGAAAACUUUUCCUCUGAGGACUUGUUGGAAUCACUUGCAAGUGACAGCAACGACAAGGAGAACCCACUGAAUGUCCUGGUGGAUGCAAGAGGAACUGAAAAUGGUAUGCACUGUGGAAUCACUCACUUGCUGAUAAAUUGUCUAGAUGAUGAGGAAGGUGGAACUGUCUUGCUGACUUUCAUGUGGAGAGCCGCCCUGAUUCCAACUGUCUGCCAUGGAUAAGGACUGGGGUAUGGUGAGUCCUGUAUGGACACCUGGCGGCUGGGAGGAUCUGGAGCUUCCUGAGUAAUGGGAAGCACGAAUGAAGCAUUAAGGUCAAUGUACAGGAGCAACUUCCUGCUUGUUCUUUCCAUAGUUUAAAUUAGAUGCAGUUUAUUUUAUCUUGUAUAGUCUAAAUAUUAAUUUUGAAAAUGAGUGCAAUAUUUAAUAUUGAUGUUUUUAUAUUAAAUAACAGAUACUUGCUACCAAUUGAUUUUAAAGAUUUUUCCAUUAAAAAAAAUGUAUCAUAGAAAAACACCUCUGUAUAAGCAGUGUUUUACCUUUUGCAAAUCAUCAAUCAUGCUUGGCCACAGUGCUACCAAACUGCUUGAACACGGGCACUAGUGGAAUAGGUUCCAUGUUCCUUAAAAUAUCAUUUUCUUCAUUUUUCUCAAAUGCCUGACUCAUGUUUUUUUAUUUUUUUUUGCAUUCACUCCUACAGGAAAGCAUCCAUAUUAAACACCAGUAAAAGUUUACAUAAUCACAUUACUCCAUUUUGGCAAAAUUUGUCUUCCCAACUCGCUGCCACCCACAACCAUAUUGGGGUCUUCAUUGCUUUAGAAUUCUACCUCAGUGUCUCUUUUCUGAGAUACUCCUGGUCCCAGGACUGUCCUAGUUUUAGCACUGAAAGAUCCAUAUCCUGGAGAAACCUCUUGGUCCAGGGCAAACAGGAACAUUCUCCUGCUGUACCAUGAAGCACAGAGUUGGGAGUUGGGUAGGUUCUUUGUCUUGCAAUCAAAGAAUGAAAUUGACAGACAGCAAUGGGUAAAAGCAAAGUUUAAGAAUUUAUUAAAGCAAAGCAAAGCAAAGCAAAUCUCACCUAGAAGGGGAACCAAGAGGGUUGCCAGUGAUUGGCUAUUGUCUAGGGGUUUAUAUGGAUUUAUAUGUUUAAGGAAGUCAGCCCCCAGCCCAAUCUUGAGUAAGGAACUAAGUAUCCAGGAGGCAUUCAUAAAGAAUUUAGUCCAAUCAAAACAUAGAUCAGGCAUUUUUCUUUCUUUGGAGAGGCUGUGAACUUCAGGUCAGUAUGUCCUGAUUUAAAAAUAACCUUUUUUGCAAGUUUUUCAGCAAAACGCUGCUGUGGAGCUGGGCAUGGUGGCACACAUAUGUAAUCCCAGUGGCUUGGGAGGCUGAGCCAGGAGGAUGAGAGUUUGAGGCUAGCUUCAGCAAUUUAGCAAGGCCCUAAGCAAUUUAUUAAGAACCUGUCUCAAAAUAAAAGAAUAAAAGGGGCACAAUACAUGGGAUGUGACUCAGUGGUAAAGCACCUCUGGUUUCAAUUUUUAGUACUGGGGGGAAAAAAAUCUACAGCUUCUGGUAGUGCUCUGCUGCCCUGAAGUUGCCUAGGGACCCAUUUCCUAUCUGGCUAGUCUUCUCUCUCCCACCUGAUUCACUGGUAACAACUGUCACAAGCCAGGUCUCCUGUGAACAGGGACUAAGGCCAAGAUGAGCACAUAGAGGUUUAUCAUGGAGUGCUUUUGGCAUCAACCCCAGUGCAAGGGAAGAGAAGGUACAGGAUUAGGGGAAAAGGUAAUGUGGUAUGACACUUCUGGCUCUCCCUGGGAAGUCACCAAGUUAGAUGUGGAUGUGUAUGGGCCUGAGCAAAGGAUAAAGCGGAAAGAGAGAGUAGGGAUGGAGCUAGAGAUUGACCCCUGUGUAGAGAGCAGGGACAAAAAUGGGGUUUGGGAAGCAAGAGUCUCAGAAGGCAGAGCGGCACUGAAAAUAAUCCUGGCCUCCACAGAGAACUGUGGAGCAAAGGUGUCAUUAAAGGGCUCCCAAAGAGUUCAUGAUGACCUCAAGAACCAUGACAAGCUCAGUUUCUUCCCAGGACACAGCUGGAAAGCGGAGGCAGAUCCUUAGGACACCCACACCUCAGGCAGGGAGGUCUGAAGGGCUCAUCCUGCUACAGCUCCACCCCUCCUGUUGCACUGUGGCUCCAUCUCAGCCAAUGUGGGAACCACAUCCACCCUUCAAUCCUAAAGGAGGAUCUGGGCCCAAGAGCAUAGCAUCCAUAUCAUUGACUCUUCAACAAGUGGGAAAUUCACUUCCCUCAGCCAAAGUGCUGGGAAUGAAAAGCCCUAGGGAAGAUGAAACAUAAAAAGCAUUUCCAACAUAAUAUAUGAUACAUUUGAAAACUUUGAGCAUGUGAGCCUCUGGUCCACUGGGGAAAGCCCUCAGGAAUUGGGAGGAAUGGAUUUCAAUUAUGUGCCUUUCCUUCUGGGCACCUUUCAAAUUCUGCAUAUCAUCAGAGGAUAAAAACAACAAUAAAAUACCUGUGAGUCAAAAAGAAGGAUAAAAGUUGAUCCACCAAUUACCCUCACCUGAUUAUUACAUAUUGUAACAUGUAUUGAAAAAUCACACUGUACUCCAUUAUUAUAUGUCAGUAAAACACAAAAUCUCUCAUUGCAAA